ACAAAGUCCAGCUUCAACUUCAUCCGAGCCGGUUAGCUCUUCUCAAAGGAUUACGUCAGCGGAAGCCGAAGAGUCCGUGAAGUUUGAUGAGUUGUUCCCGACAGCGACAAAGAUGGAUAGAACUGGAAAGAAUGCACCACAACGAGUUGAUGGAAACGGAAAACCAGGCUUUUGUUUUUUAAGAGGUCUUCCUUUCCCAACGCAGAAAUUUAGAUAAUUGAAUACACACAUGGCUAGAGGAAAUCAGAGAGAUCUGGCAAGACAAAAGAACUUAAAAAAGCAGCAGGAGCUGGCCAAGAGCACGAAGAAAGGAGAUUACCAAAAGAGGAAGGAAAACGAUGCCGACAUUCUUAGGGAAAAACAAAGACUGGCCGACGAAAGAAAGGCGGCCGAAGCUGCCGCAAAUUUGAAGAAGUAGUGCCGGUAGCAGCCGGAUUUCGACUGUGUACAAAGUGUGUAGAAUAUUAUAUAGCUAUCUUGCGUUGUUCUACGAAAUGCCGUUGAGUGUGUAGAUCUGCUAUUCAAUGAAAUUAUGAGACAUUUACUUCCGAUUUUUUCUGACAUUUAUUGUUGAAGAAAAGAAUAUAAAAACUAGAGUAUGAGGAGAAAAGAGAAACACAAAGACCCUAUCUAUUUAUCUAUACAAGAUG